AUGGCCACUAAGCAAAAAGUUACUUUCAAGAUCACUUUGACUUCUGAUCCUAAUCUCCCUUUCAGAACUAUUAGCGUUCCAGAAGAAGCUCCUUUUUCAGCUUGCAUUAAAUAUGUUGCUGAACAAUUUAAAGUAAAUCACGCAACUUCAGCCAUUAUUACUAGCACUGGUGUUGGUAUUAACCCUGAGCAAACAGCAGGAAAUGUUUUCCUUAAGCACGGAAGUGAAUUAAAAUUAAUCCCUAGAGAUAGAGUAGGAAAUUAAUGA